GGCAAACUGCAAAACUGCAGCUUGUGCGGACAGGCGCGCUCCACGGAGGGAAGGAAAGCUCCGCGAAAGAGGCGCGCCCGCGGGCUGGCCAACGGUCCGCUGCCCGCGCGCUCCCGGGCCGCGGGAGGAGACGCGCGCGCGCGCGGCGGGCGCGGGGCGGGAGCCGCGAGCCGGGCGUCUCUCGGCCCCGGGUUGACGAGGCGGCGCCGGCGAGCGGCGCGGCUCCCAGGGGAGGAGUCUGGCGGUGGUCGGGCCCUGAGGAGCGUGCGGCGGCGCCCGCAGAGAACGCUGCUUUCCGCGCUAGACGGACCGAUCGAGGGAGGGUGCGAGGGGAAACCGGAAGGAAGAGGAAGUGGCGGCGCCAGCCUUCCUCUGCCGGAGGCGAGACCCCUACCCUGGCAGCGGCGGGAGGGCCACGCCCCCGCCGCAGCGCCUUAGGGGCCCUGUGUGUUUGGGGCCGCCGACUGGACCGUAUCCUAGCCCUCGAGACCGAGGGACGCGGAACAUACCUUGUCUCAACAAUUUUGGAGUCAGACGCGCUACCGUUGCGCUACGAGGCCUGUCUCAACAAUUUUGAAUAAAGGAUUAUGGUUACUCCACAGGAUCCACUGAACAUAAGAUGUUGCCACAAAAUGUACCUCGUGUAUUUUUCUCUUUUACUCAAGAGCUGCACAAUUGCAGAUUUGAAGAGAAUGUCUGCAGACUGUGUUGAAAAACUCUGAAGAACCUAAUUAACACAGGAUGACCUAGGAGUGAUUCUAAGCCCAGAACAAGAUAUUAUUCCUUAACGGCUGUGGUCAGUCUUAGUUCUGAAUGCUGCAGAUAACAGCAAGUAGAGUUUCUGUAUUUCUGAAAUAUUUAGUUGACCUUCCAUCACUAAGACGGACUUUUCUAAUCUGUUCCGGGAGAUAUUAAUGGAAUAUAGUCAUGUCCACUCAAGACGAGAGGCAGAUCAAUACUGAAUAUGCUGUGUCCUUGCUGGAACAGUUGAAACUGUUUUAUGAACAGCAGUUGUUUACUGACAUAGUGUUAAUUGUUGAGGGCACUGAAUUCCCAUGUCAUAAGAUGGUUCUUGCAACAUGUAGCUCUUAUUUCAGGGCCAUGUUCAUGAGUGGACUAAGUGAAAGCAAACAGACACAUGUACAUCUGAGGAAUGUGGAUGCUGCCACUUUACAGAUAAUAAUAACUUAUGCAUACACGGGUAACUUGGCAAUAAAUGACAGCACUGUAGAACAGCUUUAUGAAACAGCUUGCUUCCUACAGGUAGAAGAUGUAUUACAACGUUGUCGAGAAUAUUUAAUUAAAAAAAUAAAUGCAGAGAAUUGUGUGCGAUUGUUGAGUUUUGCUGAUCUCUUCAGUUGUGAGGAAUUAAAACAAAGUGCUAAAAGGAUGGUGGAGCACAAGUUCACUGCUGUGUAUCACCAGGAAGCUUUCAUGCAGCUGUCGCACGACCUACUGAUAGAUAUUCUCAGUAGUGACAAUUUAAAUGUAGAAAAGGAAGAAACCGUUCGAGAAGCUGCUAUGCUGUGGCUAGAGUACAACACAGAAUCACGAUCUCAGUAUUUAUCUUCAGUUCUUAGCCAAAUCAGAAUUGAUGCACUUUCAGAAGUGACACAGAGAGCUUGGUUUCAAGGUCUGCCACCUAAUGAUAAGUCUGUAGUGGUUCAAGGUCUAUAUAAGUCUAUGCCCAAGUUUUUCAAACCAAGACUUGGGAUGACUAAAGAGGAAAUGAUGAUUUUCAUUGAAGCAUCUUCAGAAAAUCCUUGUAGUCUUUAUUCUUCUGUCUGUUACAGCCCCCAGGCAGAAAAAGUUUACAAGCUCUGCAGCCCACCAGCUGAUUUGCAUAAGGUUGGAACAGUUGUAACUCCUGAUAAUGACAUCUACAUAGCAGGGGGUCAGAUUCCUCUGAAAAACACAAAAACGAAUCAUAGUAAAACAAGCAAACUUCAGACUGCCUUCAGAACUGUGAAUUGCUUUUACUGGUUUGAUGCACAGCAAAAUACCUGGUUUCCAAAGACUCCAAUGCUUUUUGUCCGAGUAAAGCCAUCUUUGGUUUGCUGUGAAGGCUAUAUCUAUGCAAUUGGAGGAGACAGUGUAGGUGGAGAACUUAACCGGAGGACCGUAGAAAGAUACGACACUGAAAAAGAUGAGUGGACGAUGGUUAGCCCUUUGCCUUGUGCUUGGCAGUGGAGUGCAGCAGUUGUGGUUCAUGAUUGCAUUUAUGUGAUGACACUGAAUCUCAUGUAUUGCUAUUUUCCAAGGUCUGAUUCGUGGGUAGAAAUGGCCAUGAGGCAGACUAGUAGGUCCUUUGCUUCAGCUGCAGCUUUUGGUGAUAAAAUUUUCUAUAUUGGAGGAUUGCAUAUUGCUACCAAUUCUGGCAUAAGACUGCCCUCUGGCACUGUAGAUGGGUCUUCAGUAACUGUGGAGAUAUAUGAUGUGAAUAAGAAUGAGUGGAAAAUGGCAGCCAACAUCCCUGCUAAGAGAUACUCUGACCCCUGUGUUAGAGCUGUUGUGAUCUCCAAUUCUCUAUGUGUGUUUAUGCGAGAAACCCACUUAAAUGAACGAGCUAAAUAUGUCACUUACCAGUAUGAUCUGGAACUUGACCGGUGGUCUCUGCGGCAGCAUAUAUCUGAACGUGUACUAUGGGACUUAGGGAGAGAUUUUCGAUGCACUGUGGGGAAACUUUAUCCAUCCUGCCUCGAAGAAUCUCCAUGGAAACCACCGACUUACCUUUUUUCACCAGAUGGGACAGACGACUUUGAACUUGAUGGAGAAAUGGUUGCACUGCCACCUGUAUAGUUAGAGAGUUCAGGGAGUGCACGCCUGAGUUAUGUGCUUUGUCAUUUUCUUUGUUAAAUGAGAGGCUAUGAAAGAACUUAAGUAUGAGUACAUAAAAAAAAAUCUAUCUUUGAUAAAUUUUAUUUUUAUGCCCUACUUACUAUUUGCAUCAGUAUAAUAUAUAUCAGUCUUACAGAAAGAUAUGCUUCCAUAAUAUGAAAUAGAUUAAUCAAUAAUUGAGAAACUUUUAUGUGUAUCAUGAGAGCAUAAGAAUCCAGAUUAUCUAACAUUGUUAGCCCUGUCUGUACAGUUCAAAUGUCCAUUUACAAAAGUAGCUUCCUGUUCCUAGUGUGGUAUCACAAAUUGUGCUGAGGUUAUUUUAGUAUAUGUAACUUCAUUCCUGUGCUUCUGUUCUGAAGCCCUGGAAUAGUUUUUUCAGUGUAAUUAAUUCAGCUGCACUUAACACUAAUGUCUGUGUUGGUAUAGAAAUGUCUAAAUCCCAUGCUAUAGUUGAAGAUCUUCCGUAAUUUUAUGGUAUUACACAGGGAAAGCUAUGACUGCAGGAUCAGUCUCUGCUAUUAGGUGCAUGUAUUCUCUUUUCACUAACUUGUCUAUCUAGAAUACAGGUCUUCUAAUAAGCUGGUCAUUUACCAGGUGUGGACUUACGUUGCUGGGCUUGCAAUAUGAAUUGCCAGCCCCUCAUUGUGCGGGUUUGCGUGGAGCUGUAAUCAGUAAAUGCCUCCACUUUCUGUAUUACAUUAACAUUGGCUCAUGCAUAUAACUACCUGCUGCUGAUGUAGUUCUCCAUCUUAAAGAUUUAAAGUGGGUUAACCAGGUCAUUACAUCUUAAUUUAAUAAAAAGCAUUACUGUAGAGUGAUUGUGUAUAGAUACCUGUUAGCUGUCAGGGUGUGUUUUUUUAAACCUGUUGUGUGUGUUGGGGGGGGUGGGUAGGAUUAGGAAGGUGAACUGUUCAGGAAUUCUCUGCACUAGUUGUGCAGAAGAGCAGAUAACUUGCGCUGCUCAGGCAUUAAUCCCAGGAACCACUAGCAGUAGUGGGGCGCCGCCAAUCUAACAUGAGCACAGGUGCUUCAUGAUAAACAUUACUAGCAUGUUCAACUGCAUAAUGUUCUGGCACUGUAUUUUGAAUGACAUUAAUUUAUUAAAUAAAUUGUAUAUAUUCAA